CCAUCUUCCUCACCACCAUCUUCCUCACCACCAUCUUCCCCACCACCAUCUACACAACCACCAUCUUCAACUGAACCGUCUUCCCCACCACCAUCUUCCUCAUCACCACAGUCAUCCCUUGAACCAACCUCUCCCCCACCAUCUUCCCCACCUUCUUCGCCUGAACCGUCUACCACAAAACCAUCUUCCUCAUCCCCAUCUUCCCCCCAACAAUCUUCCUCUGAACCAUCUUCCCCACCACCAUCUUCCUCUGAACCAUCUUCCCCACCACCAUCUUCCUCUGAACCAUCUUCCCCUGCUCCACCUUCAACAAUCUUCUCCCAAGCACCAUCCUCAACAUUCUCUUCUCUUCCUCCUCCUUCAACAACAAUGUUUGCCUCCACACCAGUCCCGCCUGCAUCCUCCUCCCCCUCCUCCUCCUCCUCCUCCCCCAUCUCAGAAUCACCCAGUAUCGCCCCCACCAUUUCAAUAGAGAUGCCCCUACCAACACCAACGUUCGCCGAGAUAUCACCAUCACCACCCCCUGUGUCAAUCGACCCCUCAAGCGUUUCACCAUCAGCUCCAGCUAGCUCGACUGUCAGAAACACUACACUUGUAUCAUCAACAUUGACACCUCCGAGGCUAACACCGCCAGCAACUGAGAACCAGGAGCCAGAACUAGCCACAGCUGCCGUACCUGAACCACCGUCUCCGCAGCCAAUUCUACCUGAGCCUACAACCGUACCUGCCCCCAUCCCUGUCACGCAGUCACCUGCCCCAACGGUUAAGCCUUCACCAUCGCCUGCACCGAUAUCUGACCCCACACAACCACCUGCAUCACAAAUAAACACCACCAAGGCAUCAACACUUACAGUUAACCCAUCAUCCCCACCUGCACCAAUAUCUGACGCCACACAACCACCCCAAGCUCCAACUGUUAACCCUACACAGCCACCUGCAGCGAUUGUCAACUCUUCAGCAUCAGCACCAAAAGCUGACACCACCAAACCACCUGCACCGAUCUCUAAUCCUACACAACCGCCUGCAGAACAAUUAGGCACCACCAAGGCACCUGGACCAAAUGAUAAUACCACACAACCGCCUGCCCCGAUAUCUGGUCCCACACAACCACCACCAACUCCAAUUGUUGACCCUACACAACCACCUGCACCUAUAGUUGACAUCACUGAAUCACCUGCCCCGAUAUCUGACCCCACAAAACUGCCAGCACCAAUACCUGACGCCACUGAACCGCCUUCACCACAAUUAGGCACCACCAAGGCACCGGAACCAAAUGCUAAUAUCACACAACCUCUUGCACAGGUAUCUGAUACUACACAACCACCACCAGAACCAAUUGUUAACCCUUCACAGCCACCCACACCCACAGUUAACUCGACUGAACCUCCUGCCUCAGUCUCUAACCCAACACAGCCUCCUGUCCCAGUCUCUAAUCCAACACAGCCUCCUGUCCCAGUCUCUAAUCCAACACAGCCUCCUACACCAGUCUCUAACCCAACACAGCCUCCUGUCUCAGUCUCUAAUCCAACACAGCCUCCUACACCAGUCUCUAACCCAACACAGCCUCCUGUCUCAGUCUCUAAUCCAACACAGCCUCCUACACCAGUCUCUAAAACCAACACAGCCUCCUACACCAGUCUCUAACCCAACCCAACCUCCUGCCCCAGUCUCUAAUCCAACACAAUCACCUGCUCCAGUCUCUAAUCCAACACAAUCACCUGCUCCAGUCUCUAAUCCAACACA